AUGACUACCAACUCAUACGGCUCGGCCCUCCCAAAGUUCGACUAUCCUUCAAUCCAGCCAGCCGUCACCAGGGCAUCCAGGUUAAAGGCACUGCCUCUGUCGGCGAGAAUUGUUUCUGUUGCUGCUGUUGCAGGCAUUGCCUUCUACUCCAGGCCUCUGAUCCAGCAACAGCGUGAGCUGCACGCCGCAAGAAAGCCUGCGGAGGCGACCCUACGCCCGGCGAGCGCAUACGUUCCUUGGGAUUAUACUGGACCGGGCAGGACCCUGAAUAAGUGA